GAGAGAGAGAAUCUCAACGCAAGGGAGGGAGGGCAACGGAGAGUGAGAGAGAGAGAGAGAGAGAGAGAAGAGAGAGAGAAUGUAUGGUGAAAGGGUAACGCUUCCUUGCUUAUUAUCAGGGCCUUUGUAAAAAAAUCAUGGGAUGCAUCGGCUCCAGGACCCUCACGGCGGAUGGUGUUCCAGUACAGAAAGAUGGAGAACAGCAUGGGCGUACAGAAUUUUCAUGGGAAGGAAUCAAUCUUUCUAUGGAAGACACCACCUCCAUUCUUCCUCGGCUAAAACGAAACUCCAAUGCCUAUGGGAUCGGGGCUCUGGCUAAGUCUUCACUUACAGGUGUGUCAGGCGUGUCGCGUUCCAUGAAGGACAAGGUGACGAAGCCCACGGCGAUGGCCCAGGGCCGCGUGGCUCACAUGAUCGAGUGGCAGAGCUGGGGCAUGCAGACCGUGGGGUCCGGUCCCCGCCUGACCAACGUGCAGCGCGAGCAGGAGAGGAGGCUGGAGAACGACGCCUACAGCGACCUCAGCGACGGCGAGAAGGAGGCGCGCUUCGCAGCCGGAGUCAUGCAGCAGUUUGCGAUCUCCGAGGCAACCCUGCUGGCCUGGACCUCCAUGGACGGGGAGAGCCUGAGCGCGGGGUCCAACCAGGGAAGCGUGGCCCACCUCAGCGAGGCCAACCAGGAGAGCAUCACCAGCCGAGACCAGAUAUUGCACCAUUCUUCGGCAGACGUGUGGCCGCAUACGUAUGUAUCCCAGGGCCUCUACUGUCUCUCAUCAUCUGACGCGUGGGAGCCAAUAAGCAAUGAGCCCUCAGGCGUGGCCUCCCCUGCUGCUGGUUCCUACGUCAUGGCAGGCGGGACUUCCUGUGAUGGAUACGACGGGAGCACGGCCCACUUCCUGUCUCCGCAGCAGCAGCAGCAGCAGCAGCAGUUCAGCCUACAGCAGCAGAAUCAGAUACAACAAUUACAGCAGCUGCAGCAGAUACAGCAUUACCAGCAACACCAACUACUUCAGUAUCAGCAGCAGCAACAACAGUCCCUGGAGCACAGGCUACACAGCACCACACACUCCCUGCAGGCCACGCCCAACAGCACCGUGCACAGCCUGCCCGCGCACACCCAUCCCCCACUCGUCGAUUUAUGGGGGGCUGGGCAGACCGAGGCCUAUCAGGCGGAGGCUGGGGGGUAUGUGGCUGUCUCAUCCGCGGAAGGAGCCCUGACAGCAGCUGGUGGGGAGGAGGCAGGGGCGGAAAAUGCACCUCUGCUGGAGCAGCAGGAAGAGGAGGAGGAGGAGGAGCAGGUCAAGGAGGAAGAGGUGACGCUGUGCCUGGAGCCUGAGCCCGUGACCUUAGCCUCGCCCGCGCCGAAAGAGGAGGCCACCAGCGCGGGGAGCAGCAGCCCGAGCCACGCGCCGGGGGAGCCGGCCGCAGAGCUGAAGGCCUCUGAUGUCACUUCCAGCGCAUCUCAAUCACUGGACGGGAAGGGCGAAGACACGGAAGACGUCCCGGUUGCCGUGGCGGCUGCCAACUGAGUGACAGGGGGCGGGGAAAGAGACCGAUCGGCGUCGCGGCGAAGAACGUUCCGAGAGUAUUUAUCAAACGUGAAUCCACCCGAUUUGUUCCUUUCCAGGUGUCGGACGACUGCGUGACGUAAAAAAAAAAUUCCAGAGGCUGUUUCGUGCGAAGAGGAAGCAAAGGAUGGACGGAUGAUGAAAUUAGUUUGAAAGACAUGGUUUUCUUUUAAGAUAAAUGUCCCUGUGAGUUACAGGGAGUUCCUUCUCCGGGAGAGAGUGUUAGAGGAGUUAAGAAACAGAGGAGAAAAUGGAGGAAGCCGAGAAAUUUACAAACAUGAGGCAGGAUGAAAGAAAAACAAAGUGAGAGGAAAGAAAAGCGGGCAAUAACAGAAAAAACAGCAAAAAAAAAAAAAUCAAAGAAAGGAUAAAAGUAAUAAACCAGAAAACCAAAAGAUAAGGACAGACAGAAAUGUGCAUGCUUUUUAAAAAAGAUAAAAGGAAGGAAUUCCAUAUAUACAAUAAUAAUGGUAAUGAUACAUGACACAUAAUAAUUAUUAUAAUAAUUUUCUAAUGAAACAAAAAAAUACAAUAAAAAUGAUAAAUGUAUAUGUGUAUAAAAUAUAUAUACCUAAAGUCACUAACAAAGUUUGAAUAUUUCUGAUUACACUGAUUCCUGAUGAAAAGGUGACCAUGUUUUAAUUGCAGACAGAAACACACCCAAGUUAACUUCGCACAUAUUUAAAAGAACUACAACCAUUAAGAUCACUCUUCUGUGAAGUGGUUCUCAUAUUUGUAGUUCCACGUGUACACAGAUAUACACACGCUCACAGGAAAAUCUGGAAGGUUUUUCAUUAACGUAUCAUGAGCCCAAGCUAUCCUCGCGUUCAGUCACAAUGAAGAAAUGGAUCAGGGCAGAAAUGCUGAUGUUGACCGAUCAUUAUUGUGCAGUCAAGUGCAGUACAGCCCAUUGAAAACAGUAUGGUUCAAUACAAUAAUAAACUGCACUGUUACUCUUUAUCCCACGGCACUAUGCUGGGCUGGACUGUAUGCUGCUUUACUACAUGCUGCACAAUAUUGGAUUGCAAAAGUGAUGUCCGUUUUAUGUUGUUUCUUUGGUAUGCAUGCUGAGUUUGACUUCAGUGUACUGUGGCAUACUGUACAACACUGUAUAGAUUUGCACUGAACCAUAGUACACUGAGGUAGAAAAAUAGAAGCUCCAGCAUUUCUUUUCCGGAAUCCUGUUCGUUAUUGAUGAGUUCAUACUUGUGAAUAGAGGAGAGGUAGAAUGGUGCCAGAGAAGACUCUGCUCUCGCAAAGCUGGUUGGGAAUGGAUUUGGACGGAGCCACGCCUGGUUCUACUCUGAGCUUCUUUGUUUUUAUGACCACCAAAGCUCUGGUCCCACCAACGACCAGAACAGUCAGGACUUCUCACAACAAACUCCAGAAACAACGCGGACCCCGAAACACUGCUCUAACCAGGGACCACGAGAAGAACCCACAAAAAUCUCAACGUUCUGGGUGCCUCUGAACUGACUGUGAACUGGGACAAAGUGGAAGCACGAAUCCGGUCCUGCUGUGCCCCGGAUGGAGGUUUCAAAGAUGGGAGCUGUUUCUGCGAAGAGCAAAAGAAUGCAAAACACAUGGAGUAGAGUUCUUCACAGGCAAAAACAAAAGUCGAAAUUGUAACAGACUGGACAGCACUAGCUUUUAAGGGCGUAUGCCCUUUGUCUCACGCAUAUGUACAUACUCCACACUCUACAAGACCAAUUGCCUCUCCUCUUAAGUCCUCUGAAUUCUGUUACUGGGCUACUGCAGCAGUCUAUUUAUUUUUAUACUGUAAAUCUCACAGUCUGGACUUCCUUUUAGAGUGGGUUCCCAUUCUAAUGUUCUGUCAACAUUUAUUGCACAGUAUGAUGAUAAGAAUGGGAGGAAAGAGACAGGUUGAUCAGGUGCCUGUGUGAAAAUCGGAACUCUGAGAUUUUGAACCAUGUGAAUGGGAAACGUUCUGAUGUAAGCAACCUGGCACUCAUCCUGCUCUGGACAGGCUCGUUCCUGUUCAAGGUGAUUAUCAUGCUUGAACACACACAUAUGCACACGCACACACUAUGAACUGAACGAGGGACAAACUGAAUUGUACCUGUACGAGUGUGUGUACCCAUACGAGAUUAUGCAUCACAAAAAAAGAAUGGUUGUUGAUUUUUUUUUUUAAAUAUGGAGUUUUUCUUGGGAAGAUUAUGUGCAUGAUUCACUGAGGAAAUAUGACAAACGAGCAAUGAAUAUUACUUGUUUAUUCAGAAAGCAUCCAUCACUUUUGAUAUUUGUGUGAAAAGCUCAAAUGCAUUGACUUGAACUGAUUAAUUUAUUGAUUAUUUAUGCAAUGUUGGGACAAUGUUUAUUUUUUUAUGAAACCGUUGGCACUCCCACCCAAUUAAGAUAGAAUGCAUAUCAUUGGUUCCUUUGGUUUCCUAUUGUGUUCAGAGCCUGGAAGAACAUUUCAGGCAGCCUAUCACAGAGAGGUUAGUCUAUGUGACGCUGCACCUUUCGCAGUUUGAGGCACUGGUGAUGUCCACUGCAUCAAACUGCCUUCUGGUUUGAUUGUAGCACAAUCAGGAAAACUCUGGAUAUUUGAUCAUGUGUUCAUUUAUUUAUUUAGGAACGGUGGGAUACCAUGGAAACCUGUACAAACUCUGUAAUUUGUGUCAAGGGAGGCUGUGUGCAUAUAUAGAUACUGACAAAAAAAUAUGGACGACCUUCUUUCGAUGCAAUAUCAUUUGCUUAGUUAGCAAACGUGUCGAGAAAAGAUUUCUGGAGAGCUACUCUGAGCGAUGACAUUUGCAGUGUCCAUAUCAGGGGCACAAGGGAAUGGCACUACUUUUCUUGCAUUUCAGCACCAGGCCUCAGAUGUGAUUAUUAGUGCUAUCAGACCUUCGGUUUAUCCAGAGUACCCAUUUGGAUAAGUGGCUGUUCAAUGCAUCCUGAAAGCAUGCAAUUACAAAAUGAAAUUAGUUUAAUGAAUCAUGGAUGAAUCAGUGAAUAAUAUUGCUUCAGAGAAGGUGGUCUAUAGCUUUUGUCUCUAGUAGUGAAAAUAUGAGUGAAUAAACAGAGAGAGAGAGAGAGAGAAGCCAAUUUUUUUCCAUGGACAUUAUUGAGGUUUAAUAAUGUCCAUACUGAUGUGACUGCAUUCUGAUUUUGGUUUAUUUUUUGUAUGAUUCUACUGCCAUCUUUCAAUACAAACUGUCUUCAGGCAUGAAUUUACAUCUUCCUAUUUGCCCUCCUCUCCCCUUCUCUUUUACAUGUUCUGUCUGUGUAUCCGUGCGCCAUUCUGUCCGUCCGUCCGUCUGUCUGUCCGUCCGUCAUUGUGAGGAACCGUCUUCUGUUCCAUUGGAAGGAAUCAUAACCAGAAAAAUAUAUUUGAAAAUUCACAGCAAUUGGCCAAACACCAUGGAGGGCUCCUAUAUUUUAAAUACAGUGUGACAUUGGAAAUGUAAAUAUAAAUAAAAAAACCUUAAAAAAUUUGAUUAUCCAACAAAUGUGUGAACAUUUUAACAAUUCAUUUGACUAAUAUAAUCAUGUGUGCCCAUGCAUAUACAUGCAUAUCUACAGAUUGUAAAUAAAUGGUUCUUCCACAUGGAUGUGUGUGCCUAUGUGUACCUUUUGGAAUCAAUCCUUCUUCCUUCCCUCUUUUUCCUGCACGAAAAAAACCUCUCCAUCCCAAAACUGCCACUUACCCCCCUUCUCUCCUCCAGCCAAAAAACAAACAAACAAAAAAACAAAACAAAAAAGCAAUGGAGAAAGAGCAAAUAAAUAAACAAACAAACAAACAAA